GUGUUCCGUUCAGACUGCUGCAAUUUACAUCGACUCCCAGCACUAGGGCACAAUAAAAAUAUCCUCUACUCACAUUAUCAAUUAUUAAAACGCUAAUAAACCGCACUCAACCUGGUGCUACGCAUCGCCACCAACAUUCUCCGCCAGAUUUACAAUAAACCUUGUUCAAUGUGUUAAAAAGUCAUGGGCAACGCCGGAGUGAAACACCACGUCGAUACAGCGAAAAAGACAGGUGUGCUCAAAGUCUCCCAGAGCAAACUGAAUGAAUUCCCACAGGAUUUCCUCCAAUGUGAAGGCAACCUGCGAACACUUGACAUCUCAGACAACAAAUUCAUCACUUUGCCCAAUGAAAUCGCCCGAUUCAUUCAUUUGAAAAACCUCAACCUCAACAAGAAUAAACUCACCAAGAUCCCGGAUUGUAUCGGGGCGCUUACAAAACUGGAUACGCUGAGUGCAUGCAACAAUAACCUGACAAGUUUGCCUCGGACAAUAUCAAAUCUGAUUCAUUUGAAGGCUGUAUACUUGUCGGACAAUCAUUUCAAAGAGGUACCAACUGUUUUCUGUGGGUUGAAGCACCUGGAUGUGUUGGACCUGUCACGCAAUGAUAUUACAUCGAUUACCGGUGAUAUUUCCACGUUGAAUGUCACAGAAUUGAAUCUAAAUCAAAAUCAGAUUGCGGAGUUGUCCGGGCAGAUAGCGCUGUGUCCGCGCUUGAAAACGCUGCGAUUAGAAGAGAAUUGUCUGCAAAUUACAAGUAUUAGCCCGCGGAUCCUCACGGAUAGUAAGAUAUCUAAUCUUACACUUGAGGGGAAUUUAUUUGAGAUGAAACAAUUGCAAGAGUUGGAUGGUUAUGAGGCGUACAUGGAGCGAUACACGGCGGUGAAGAAGAAGUUGUUUUAAGUAUAUUUGCAACAACUAUUAUACACACUAUUCUAUUUUAUCUAUUUAUAUUUAUCUAUUUCUACACACUGUGUUAUUUAGUUUUUUAUUAUAUACUUGAUUAUA